AUGAACAACUUGACACUUCCUCAUCAACUAAGAAAUUUUCUUACAUUCAAUGAUUUACCAAAUGGAUGUAUCGAAUAUCUACUUAACAAAUUAUACAUACAAUCUAAUUCACUUCUUAUUCAAUUAAAUUUAAUCAGAAUUAAUAAUGAUCAAAUGAAUAUAGAUUCAGCAUAUACUACUGAAAUCACUUUUAAACAUCAUCAUCAUCAUCACGAUGAUGAUGCUGAUGAUGUUGAGGAUGAUGACGAUGACGAUGACGAUAGAUCGUUAAUGACAUUUGAUCAGUUACAUUGUCUCCUUAAAUUAUUUUGUUUAUUUGGAAGAAAUGAUCCUAUUCAACAAUUCAUUAUUGAAGAUCAUUCUAUUCAUCAAAUUAUAUUAAAUCUAUUGAAAUUGAUUUAUCAUUCAAAAGUUUUUGAUCUAUUGAAUCUUAUAGUUUACUUCAUAGAAACAUUCUAUGAUCCUUAUGGAAUGUGGAAUAAAUGGAAAUCUAUUUACUAUGAUCAAAAAUAUGAAAAUUUAAGAUUUUUCACUUCUAUAUCUACAUUAUCAAAAGAAUCACUUGAUAAUGUUCAUUUAAGUAUAUUCGAUUUAAUUAAACAAAACAAUGACAAUGCAACAAUUCGAACUUUACUGAUCAACGCUUAUUGUUAUAUAUCAGUUGGAUGUUAUGGUUUUUUAAAAUACAGUCAUGUACACGAUUUGUUUUGUUUAAUCAAUCAAUCAAAUCGACCACUUACGGAAUUAUCAUCAGCAUCAUCAUCGUCAUCAGAACCUCAGGGAAUUUAUUAUAAUGUAAAUGAACAGUAUUCUUUUGGAAAGGAUUUCUCACAGAAUACCAAGACGAAUAUUGACCAAUCAAAUCAAUCUCAACAAUAUAAUGAAGAGUUUGUUGUUAUAUCAAGUUUUUUAAUUUAUGGAUUAAGUCUUCAAGAAUCAAACAUGAUUACAUUAAAAUUAGCGGUAGAUCAAUUUCGUUCUGAUAUUGGUAAUAAAGGAACUCUUUCCACUAUUGAUUAUUAUUAUCAAAUUCUACUUAUACAGUUAUCUAGUCGUAUAAGACUAUGUUAUCAACAUCAACCAGAGAUUCUGUUAUCAAAUAUCCAACCAAUAACAUUCAACGACUCGUCCUCCUCGUUGUCGUCGUCAUCAUCUUCUUCUUUCUUUAAGAGAUAUUAUCAAUACUUUUUAACAUUUCUAGCCUCUAUUGAUAUGAAUCAAUCAUAUUGUAAUAUAUUUAUUACAUCACAAUUAAAAAGUGAUACAACAUUGAUACCUUCUCCUUUAUUUAUAAAAAGAUUACCGAAUUCUUUUUAUGAUCAAUUAACAGAAUAUCUAUGUCAUUUAUAUGAUCCUAAAUCAGAGAUCAAUCAUAUUCUCAAUGUGAUUGGUAAAAGUCUUUUAUGUUGGGCUUUUGGAAUACUACCAGUGUGUAUUGAUCCACAAUUAAAUCAUUUGAUAGACAAUCCUUGUAAUGAAAAUAUUUCAAAAUCGUAUACCCAUGUUAUUGUUCAUGGCGAUAUUUUGAUCGUCUUAUUAAAUUGGAUCGUUUAUUUAUGGAAUGUAAUGAAUUCAUCACAAUGUUCAUCAUACAACAAAUCAAUAAAUGUAACCAUUUUUCAUAUCAUUCAUCAAAUAUUGAAAAUAAUUAUUGAUUGUUUAUUGGAUCCGGAUACAAUUGGACAAUUGAGUAAAGCAUAUUGUUGCCAAGUUGGAGUAAUUCGAUAUGCAAUAAUUCCAAAUAUUGUUAAAUUAUGUGAAUUAUUAAAACAUAAACUUGGCAUAUUAAGUACUGAACAAGAAAAAGUUGAUUAUGAGGUAGUGAAAUAUCAAUAUUUCCAAACACUUAAAAUCUUCAAUAUAUUUUUAACCAUACUUCAAUGUUUAGGAGAAUUUUCAAUGUCUGCUCCAGAUCUUGCAAAUUUUCUAAGAAUGUUUCGUUCAGAAUCUGUCAGAUUAUUUUGUAAUAGAUUACUACAAAUACUUGUAAAAAUUACACAAAAAACUCAGUUGAAUUUAACUCCAUUACCAAGUUCUGGCUAUUGGUUUCAAUUUAGUCAACCACAAGACAGUCUUCUUGUUUUACCAGUUGGACCGGAAUUAGGAGAUUUAAAAUAUGAUCAAGAUAUCAGUAUCACUUUUGAAAACUCAUUUACAUCCAUUAAUCCAUUAUCAACUGAUAUGAGUUUACAUUUUUGGUUAUCGAUUAAUAAUCAAUCAACUGAUAAUGAUAAUUCACUUAGUGAUCCAUUUCAAACAAUCGAUCCAAAACGAUACUGCCUUUUCAGAUUAUUAUGUACAAAUGGAAAUGGUUUAGAGAUAUUUUUGACAAAAUAUGGUUAUUUAAUUGUUGCUGUAUCAACACAAGAAGGUUUCAAUUAUGUUGUUACAUGUGGGCCAGAUAAAUUAACACCAUGUGAAUGGCAUUCUGUUGCAGUUGUCUUUUGUCAUACCCGUCGUCUUUUAGUUACCAAAGCUAUACUCAAAGUCUUUAUAGAUGGUAAUCUUUGUUACUCUGGGGAUUUUCCUCAUCCACAAAUAAAUGGAAAUAUAUUCAUUCUACAUAUUGGUGGUUGUCCAAAUUGGGUUGAUCAAAUUGCUUACACUAAAUUAUUAUGUCAUAUCAAUUCUAGAACUGGUCGACGUAAUGCUGUUAUAUCUAAACAACAAACGAUGAAUAAACGUUCAUAUAUCAAUCGUGAAACUUUAUCUGUUUCAUCAAUUUCAUCAAUAUAUCAAGAAAAUUUAAAGAAUUGCUUUAAUCUUUUCUCUCAACAACUUGAAAUUGGUAAAAUACAUAAAGUGGAUCUAGGUAAUGAACGUUUAUUAUGGGGAAAAUUAUGUUCAUUUCAAGGGAAAUUAAUUUCAUGUUCUAUGUUUAAUGAAGCAUUAUCGGAUAUUAUAUGGCAAGAAGUUUAUUCACAUGGACCUUGUAAUUUAACAUAUCUAUUGGACAAUGGAUGUUAUAAUAUAAACAAUACUACUACCAAUACUACUACUACUACUACUACUACUACUAAUACUAAUACUACUUAUACCAAUAUCAGUAGUAUUAAUACUGAUGAUUCUAUUGGAAAUAUAAAUCAUUUCACAAAAAUUAUAUUUCAUUAUCAUGCUAAAGCAGUAAAUUUAUAUAAUUCUAUAUGUUUAGAAUUAAAUAGUGAAAAUCUUGGUUUAAUUAGUUCAUUUGAAUGUAUCCAUUUGUUACCAUGUCAACAAAAAAAUCAAUAUUUAUUAAUUAAUGAAAGUUUUUAUCAUAAAUAUUUAUGGUUUAAACAUAUUUAUUAUAAAUGUAAAAAUUAUGGUGGUUUACCAGCAACUAUAUUAGGACCUAAACGAUUUGAAACAUUUCGAAUAACUGAUUCAAUCAAUCAAAUUGGAGGUAUGGGUGUAUUGUUACCAAUUCUUAAAUUACUUCGAUAUUUUCCAACAAAUGACUAUGAUAAUUCAUUGAAGAAAUUGUAUCCUAUAGAUGCUACAUAUUUAUCAACAGAUGAUAUAGGUUUAACUGAUCUAUUCAUCUUUGCAUAUCAACGUUAUAUUCAUGAUAUGAAUAUUGUGUUCAAUAAUGAGAUGACAAAAACUAAUAACCUACCUCAUGAUAUGGUCUCCAUGAAGACAUCUAAUAAUGUUUCAUUGAAUGAGUCAAGUGAAUUACAUCCACGUUCUAAAUCUCUUUCGUUAAUUAGCACUGAUGGUACUAGUAAUAGUACACCAAAUUCAAAAGAUGAACGAAGUAGUUCUUUUUGUUCAAUUAUAUCUAAUAGUACAUUGAGUAAUAGUAGUCUGGCUAAUCUACUCUUAAUUCUUCGUAAUUUAAUAGUGUCAAAGCCGGAAAAUCGUGUACAAGUUUUAUCUCCUGAUUUUAUAUUACCCCUUUUAUACCUUUUAAAAAAGCUUCAUCCUUUACGUUUCGAUUCAUUUGUAGUAUCUACAAUUCAUGACCUCUUCCGUGUUCUUAUCUAUUUACCUAGUAAAAGACAAUCUUUAUUCAAUAUGAAUACAAUACAAAAUUGGUUUGAUAAUCAAACUAAUCAAAUACUAUCUGGAAAUGUUUUAUAUCUUGCUUGUCAGUUAUUAUUAGAUUGGGAUUUAUGGUCAAAACCUAAUUCCAUAGCAAUUAUGUUACAUUUACAGAAAUUAAAUCAAUUGGUUAUUGAUUAUAAUAGUUUAUUAAAGGAACUAUCAGUUGAUUCAUUAUUAGGAUCACUUGUACAGUAUCAUAAUCAUUUAGAUUCAUGGUUAAAUGAUCUGCCUACAACAUAUACUACUGAUAUCUUAUUCAAACUACCUACAUUAACUACUAAUAUAAUAAAUAAUAAUGAUAAAUAUGAAUUAUUAAUAUCAAAUCAAAUAAGAAUAGAAAUGUGUAAAUUAAUUGAAAUGAAACUGUUGCCAAGGACACAAAGUAAAGAUUUAAUUAAAUUAGUUAAUUUUAUUAUCACUUGUCCAAUUAUGGUAUUGGUAAAGGAUGUAAUAACUAUGUUACAUAAUUGUUUUGAUCGAACUCAUACCAAUGAUCCAUUUACAUUAAUCAUUUAUGAAUCAGAUUUAAUUGUAAAAUUGUAUAGUUUAUUACUUAGAUCAAAUUAUCAAGUGGAUAUUGAAACUAAGAAAUUAGUAUUAAAGUUUAUUCAUAAAUUAGCUUUAUCUGAUCGAGUCACGGAUAAAUACAAGUCACAAUUAUUUCUUAAAGAUUGGAAUGGUUUCAGUUCAUUAUUGAAUAAUAAUAAUUCAAAUAUAUUAAUAUUAUUACAAGAUUAUGAAAUUGUUAAAAUAUUCUUGGAUCUAAUGAAACGUGGUCCUUCAUAUGAUAUUUUGGGAUUGUUACGUUUAAUGGAUCUAUUAUAUCAAAGUCCAUUGAAAUUUCGUAUUUUAGCAGUAAAUACCUUUAUGGAUAUAUUUAAUAAAUCAUCAAGAUAUGUUAUUGAAAUUUUAAAUCAAUUCCCAGUAUUCUUGGAUUCAUUUUUCCGUUUAUUGAUUAAAUGUCCUAAAGAGAAUACUCAUCAACUUGACCGAAUAUCAAUAUCUCGAUUUGGAUUAACUGGGAUUCGCUCACCACAAAAAUAUUUGAAUGAAAUUCAUACAAGACGUCUAGGAUCUACCAAUGAUUCUGGUCAUGGUAGUUCAAUUAAUUCACAAACUGACGACUUAUACUCACCAACUCUAUCUAUACCACAGAAUAAAACAUCAAUAACAUCAUCUUUAUCAACUAAUGAAGUAGAAUCUGUCUUCAAUAGUCCAACCAAUACACAUAUCCCUGAUACAAUGGAUGAUAUGAAAGAUAUCAAUCUAUUGAAUUCAUUCCCCAUUUCAAGUAUGAAACAAGAACCUAUUACUAUUUCAGAUCAUAUUAGAACAAAUCAACGUUCAGUUUCAAUAUCCAAUAAUUAUAAUCUAAAACAAACUUUACCUAUUCAAUCUCCAGUUUCAUCUUCUAACACUCCUCAACAUUAUACUACUUAUAACAAUAUACAUAGUAGUAUAAGUAAUUCAUAUAAAUUAUCAUUAAAAAAUGAUAACAUUAUAGAAGAGAAUUUAACUCAAUUAAUUAUUAAAUGUUUACAUGAAAUUCUAUGGAUGUCUAAUCAUUUAGAACGUUGGCAUUUAAGUACAACCAUUACAAAUGAUGAUCCAUGGGUGGGAUAUUAUAGAGCUAUGGUAUCAUUUAUGGAAAUCAGUAGUCAGUAUGUUCUUAUAAAACCUGCAUUUUGGAUUAUUCAACGACUAUUUGAAUGCAUUAUUUAUUCAUUAGAACAAUCAUUACCAAAUUAUAAUCAAAAUUUGUUGUUUCCAGGUGCAGUUGAUGGAGAUAAAGUUCGUAGAGUUGUUCAUUUAUUUAUGAUGUUUCUAGUUGAUACUACUUGUAAUCAUAAAAACUGGAUCGAUUAUGAAUAUCGGGUAGAAUUAAUGGAAUCCUUACUACAUUUAUUACAAGAAUCACUUCUUAUAUGGGAAUUAAAUUCAUUACAAUGGAAAGAAGUUCAAGCAUUAACUAUACAUUUAAUUCUAUGGUGGAUUAUUAAUAAUAGUUAUUUACAAUCUCGUUUAUUUAUUUAUUCUUUAACUCAAUUACAUUAUAUCAUUUGUCAAUUGGAAUCAAGAUCAUGUUUUGAAGAAAUUGCAUUUCUUGUUUGUCGUUUGGACAAAGUAAUUGAAAUAUGGUCAAAAUAUGAAGAAUCCAUGAUAAAUGUAGAUGAUAUACAUAAACUGGAAAAACUCAGUGAAAUUCCCAGUGAUCAUUCCGUGAAUAUUCCUCUUAAUCACGAUGUAAGAAAUGUAAAUAAAAGUAUUCCUUCUGAGACUAAUCCUAUCAGUGACCAUUUAUCAUCACGUAUAAAUACCAAUUCACAAUCACAUAAUCUACUUUUAUAUUUAACUCCAAUAAUCUUUAAAUUAUUUAAAGAUUAUAGUGUACUAUUAGAAAUGGAAAAGUGGACACCUAAUUUACCAAAGAUGACAUCUGAUUUUCUCGAAAAAUUUAAAGUUUAUCGUACUAUACCACAUGGUGAAUGGCAAUGCUUUCUUGAAUAUCGUCUUCAACCAGUAGCAGAAUUCUAUACAAUUCAGUAUAUCAUCAGUACAGCAACAAAUCAAAGUAUAUAUCGUGCUAAAGCUAAUGAUGAUAUUGAACAAUCACGUUAUAAACAUAAACAUUAUUUAGAUAAUAUAUCAUUCAGUUUACAUUCUUAUCUAUUACAUAACAUAUCUGAAAUAUCCAAUGAAUCAUUGAUCAUUCCAUAUGUUGUUGAUCCAUCAACUUCUGAAAAGUCAAUCGAUCAUUCUGUAACCAUGACAACAAAACAUAUCACAUCAAUCGAUAAUAAUCAAUAUGAUAUACCUCAAUCCUUAUCAUUUAUUAACAAACAAAAUUAUUAUCCAACAGAAAUAGAAAAAUAUAAUCAACAAAUGAAUUAUUGGCAUGCUUUAUCAUAUCGAUUAAUGUAUACAUCAUUGAAUGCUCCAUGGUUUAUAAGUUAUGCAAAAGUUGAACAUUGGCGUUUAUCUGCAUUGGAAACAAUCAGUCGUAUACGACCAAAAUUAGAACCAAAUGUAACAUUCAAUUCACAUAUAAAUGCUAGUGCUAAACGAGAUGGUUUAUCUUUAAUUAAAUUUAUACAAUCACGUAUACGACCACAUUCAGUAGAUAAUGAUCAUACAUUAUCUACAACAUCUAUUUGUCAUUCAUUAUCCACAUUGAAAGCUUCUUCUAGUGAAACAAGUUUAGAUAUUUCACAGAAUGAUGAAAUAGAAUGUAAUACUGAUGUUAUUAUGAGACAAAUUAUGAAAUAUCCUCAACUUUUGAAUCAAACAUCCAUUGAAGGAAAUGAUGAUCGUAAUGAAUCGACUUCAAAUAAUAAUGAUGAUGUAAUCCAUAUGGAAAAUGAAGUGUUUUAUUUAUCGGAUGAUCGACGUGGUACAUUAAUUCCAGAUGAAUCUAUAAAAACUCCAACCAUCUUAUCCAAUUCUUCGAACACUUCCAUUAAAGAUCCAGUCAAUGAUGAUAACCAAUUAAAUCAACUUAAACUAAGAAACAAUUCUAAUAAUGAAUCCUUUAUCUCAUCUAUAUCAUCUCAUCAAUCAACUCGAUUGAAUUCAUUCAAUUCAUCAAUGAUUCAUUAUAUACCUCAAAUACAAAAAGGUAAAGGUAUUCUAUUCAGUGUGAAUGCACAAUUAAUUCUAGCAAUUAAAGUCAUUCAAGGUAUAUUAACAUUAACACAAAAUCGUCUAAUAUUUGAUACAUCUAUUCAUAAUGUCAUUCAUGAUAAUAAUAAUAAUAAUCUAUCUACUGAUGAUAACAAUACUACUUAUGAUACUACUGAAUUAUCAAUACCAUUUGGAUAUAAAAUUAUCAAUGAGAAACUAGAUGUAAACAAUACAAAAUUGAAUCAUUCUAGACAAAUAUUCUACAUUCGAUAUAAUUGGUCAUUAGCUAAAUUACGUGAAUUACAUUUACGUCGUUACAAUCUACGUCGUUCAGCUAUUGAGAUAUUUUUUGAAAACAAUUCUAAUUAUUUUUUUAACUUUGAAACUAAAAUUCGUAAUAAAUUCUAUUCGAUCAUUAUGAGUUUACGAUUACCAAGAUUAGUUUAUAGUCAAAGUCGUAAUCCUGGAGAAACACUUAAAUUAUCUGGACUUACAGAACGUUGGGUAAAUAGAGAAAUAUCGAAUUUUGAAUAUCUAAUGCGUUUGAAUACAAUAGCUGGUCGAACAUUUAAUGAUUUAGGUCAAUAUCCUGUGUUUCCUUGGAUUUUAGCUGAUUAUACUUCUUCAGAAUUAGAUUUAAAUUCACAACAUACAUUUCGUGAUCUUUCACGACCUAUUGGAUUAGCUAAUCCGAAAUUUAUUCAAGAAGUCAGAGAGAAAUAUAAUUCAUUUGAAGAUCCAAGUGGUGUUAUGCAAAAAUUUCAUCAUGGAACUCAUUAUUCAAGCGCUGCUGGUGUCUUGCAUUAUCUUGUCCGUUUGGAACCAUUUACAACGUAUCAUGUAAAUUUACAUGGAAAUAAAUUUGAUGUUGCAGAUCGUCAAUUCUAUUCUAUUCCAAAAGCAUGGCAUUUUGAUUUAGGUUUUCGUCAACAUAAUCAAAAUCGUAUUCAUGAUGUAGAACUACCGAAUUGGGCUUCAACACCAGAAGAAUUUAUACGUAAACAUCGUGGUGCAUUGGAAUCUGAUUAUGUUUCAUCACAUUUACAUUUGUGGAUUGAUUUAAUUUUUGGUUAUAAACAACGUGGUCCAGAUGCAGUGAAUGCAUUGAAUGUAUUCAAUUUUGUAACAUAUGAAGGUGCUGUAGAUUUAGAUAAAAUUAGUAAUUCGUGUGAACGUGAAGCUUUAGAAAGUAUGAUACAGAAUUUUGGACAAACUCCAAGUCAAUUACUUAAAGUACCACAUCCAAAACGUUUAACCUAUUCUGAAUGGUUAUCUAUAUUAAUUCAUCAAUGUAGAUUACCUGUUAUUAGUUUAUUAACUUAUGCUAAUCUUAAACAUGACAAUUCAAUACACAAACAUAACUCCUUAAUACAAUCAACAUCUACUACUACCACUACCACUACUAUUAGUAGCAGUAGUAGUACUACUAGUACUACACCUAACAGUACAAAGCCUACAACAUUCUUUCAACGUCUCUUAUCCGAUAAUAAUCCAAAUGAAUAUUUUCAUUCAGUACUCAAUACUCAUACAUUAUUUGAUAAGAUUGAAUUCAUCAAUCAUAAAUGGUGUCCUAUAAAACAUUCAAAUAUCAAUGAUAUUGGUAUUAGUAUAGAAACAUUAAAAUUAAAAGAGAAUACAAUAACUCAAUUGAAUUCAAUCUAUUUAAAUGUUAUACCAGCAUUUUGUUGUCCAUCCAAACAAGAAUCAACUAUAAUGAAUACAAUCAAUAAAGAUUUAUCUUAUACAGAUAUGUAUCGUUCAACAAAUCUAUUAAAAACUCGUUUAUUCUCUACUGGGAGUUCAUCGAUGUUAUCGGCAGCAGCAGCAGCAGCUGCUGCUGGAUUAGUGACAACAACAAUGGCAGCAACAACUACAACACCACCGCCACCACCGCCAACAACAACAAUAUCUGAAAAUCAAUUACCAAAAUCUAAUUGGGAACGUUUAGCAUCAGCUGUUUUUACUAUUAAUAGUAGAGGUAUUAUUGAUCGAUAUUUUUGGAUACCAACUGAUCAACAAUCUAUAGAAUAUAAGAACAAUAAUAUUGAACCUUUGGAACAAUAUGGUUUAUUCUAUGAUUCAUGUCGUUCAUCACAAUAUGGAACAAUCUUCAUCUUUAAAUACUAUUGGUUCACAAUUAUUUGCAUUAACCUAUGAUGAUAAAUGGUUAUUUAUUGGUGGAAGAUGGGAUGGACGUUUAACUAUAUAUAAUAUGUAUCAAUCAAAAAUUCAUGCUUUAUUAACAAGUCCACAUAUAGAUACAAUUAGUUGUGUUGCUAUGGAUUCAGCAUAUAAUUUAAUUGAUCGACAACCAUUUACAUAUCAUGGUGAUUUUAAUAAAAUCAAUAAAUUCUUAAUAGAUCAAUAUAAGAAUUCAAUUAGAACGCAUUAUUAUAUUAUUACUGGUAGUCGUGAUGGUACAUGUGCUAUAUGGGAUUUUGAUAUUUUAAAUGAAGAAGAUAAUGAUGAUCGUGAUCGCGAUCAUGAUUAUGAUCAUAAUGAUGAUCGUGAUGAAGAAGAAGAUCUCAUAGAGUUUCGAUAUGAUCAUUCACCUUUUAUUAAUGAUUCAUUAUUAUCUUCAUUUAAUCAAAGAAAAUUAUUAAAUAGUAAUGUGUUUUUUGGUAGUCAAGAUGAUCUAUCAAUGAAUUCUGAUCCAAAGACUAUACAUGAUGAACAAGAUCAAAAGGAACAUCCUUCAUGUUAUCGAUCUUUUGAUGAAACUGGAUCAUCAUCAUCAUCAUCGUCUUCUUCAUCAAGACUAUUAUUCAAUACAAUCUAUUUACCUAAAAUGGAUUAUCAUUUACAAUAUAAAAAUGCUGGUAUACCGUUUUAUCCAUUUCAUUCAUAUAAAUCUAAAAAAUCAAAACGUUUAGCAAAAAUAAUAAAAAUUUUCUAUGGAAAUUUAUAUGGUAACCCAGUAACAUGUGUUGCACUAAAUAUUGCCUUAGAUACAGGUGUCAUGGCAACAAAUGCUAAUCAUGAUCUAUAUUUAUUUAGUGUAAAAUUAUCAAAUUGGUCACGUGUACUUAAAUUGAAUACAAUCGAAUCAAAUAUGAUAAAUGAAUUACAUUAUCCAUUUGAGAUAUAUCCAAAUACAGGAAAGAUAUUUUUACAUAGAAAUAGAUAUACUACUGUCAAUCAUCUACUUAUAUCACCUAGAUUAGGUUUAAUUUAUAUACAAUGGAAUGUUAUUAUAAAAACGAAUCAAUCUAAUAUAAAUAAAGAAGAAAUUGGACCUAAAUUAAGUUUAUUUAAUUCAAUCGGUGAAAAAUUAUUAGAAAUUUCACCAUUUAUUUAUACUACUGAUUAUAAUCAUAUAAGUAGUAAUGAAUUAAACCAAAUAAUUGUUACACAAAUUUUAUUGACAUCAACACCAAUUCAAUCGAAAUGUACUUUUCAUAAUGAAGAUGAUGAUGAUGAUCAUCAUCAUCAUAAUAAUACUGCAGAAUACUUAGAUGAUCAUUUCAAUCAUUCCAUAUCUCAACAUAUUCUAAUGUCAUUUAAUACAGGACAUUUGAUGAUUUUCAUGGCAGAAACAUUAGUACCUAUUUAUUGUAUUAAAUUAAAUGAAGGAAUUAAUAAUCUAUCAUUAUUAUGUAAUCUUUCAUCAAAUCAAUAUCUUAUUGAAGGUAUUCAUCUUAUGUUAUCAUUAAUGAAUAAUCAAUUAGUAAUAUUUCAAACAAUACGAAAGAAAAUAGAAAGAAAGCAGUUAGCAACAAGACAAGUAUGAAAUUGUUUUACUUGUGUAGAAUCAAUAAUGAAAUAGAAUGAAUGAUUUAUAUGAUGCCAAAGAUUUUUAUGAUUAACAUAUUUCAAUAAACAAAAAGCACCACAAAAAAAACAAAUUGCGUAACAAUAAUUUAUGAAUGAACCAAUCAGAUUGAAGAUAACCGAUUUUGGAUUUUGGCGCGACAUUCCUAUUGAUGAGACUAGAAUUAAUGAAUGAACCAAUCAGAUUGAAGAUAACUGAUCUUGGAUUUUAGUGUGAAAUUCCUAUUGGUGAGACUAGAAUUAAUGAAUGAACCAAUCAGAUUGAAGAUAACAAAUCUUGAAAAUUCACUCAUUCAUUUGGUUAAAGAGCAUUUUGGUAUUAUAACUAAUGUUUAUUCCUUAUAUUAGUGUAUAAAGCUCAUUUGGUCCUAGUGAUUAAAUGGAUUGUUUCGAGAUCACUGUAGCGCGUUAAUCAAAGGUUGUUCAUAAAUUCUAGAUCUCACCUUCAUAUUCUCUUUACUUAUUUUUUGUUUAAACCGUAUAGUAUUUUUGUGUAAAUUUUCUCAACUAUCUAUCUAUCUAUCUAUCUUCAGAAGUACGAUGGGUAUCUACGUCAGACGAUAAUCUUCUUUAAAUGAUUAUGAUUUCUUUGUUCAAUUUUUCUAUUGUCUCCUUUAAUAGUAAAUGAACUAAAUGGAUUUCUAUGUUACUCUAUUAAAAUUUAUAGAAGUGAAUUCAUGUAAUAAGAAUAUGUUGUUGGUAAGAUUCUCUAAGAAGAAUUCAUCAUAUCAAAAGUUUCAUUGUUUGUUUAUUUGUUUAUUGUACACAAUACAAACAAAAAUAAUCGAUUCAAGUUAUUUUUGUAUUUUUUUCUUUUCCUUUUUUUCUCCCCCCCUCUCUCUCUCUCUGUCUCGAUAAUAGAGUUUUUGUUUGUUUGAUUUUGCCUUAACGAUUUGUGUUUUCUCAUGGUUUUAUUUUUUUAAUGUUUAUUUGAUGAUUAAUAGAUAGACGUUUUGUUGUUGUUUGCUUGUUUAUUUUCACACUUUUGUCUUUCUCUAUUUUAUACAAUUUUAUUUGUAGAUAUGUGUGUGUGGAUGUUUGGAUAGAUAUUUUUUAGCUAAAAUAUAUGUUGUUAAUUCUAUCGAAGCGUCCAAAUAACCCCGAUUGAGAUACGCGCAAAACCGAAGUUCCAAAACAACGAUUUGUCUACAAAAGCGGUUCUUUAUUAAAUAAUACACAAAAUUUAGUUACAAACCUCAACUUGUGAGGUGUCUAGGCGUUUAAACGCGUCGUUCAAGGAUGAAAAUAGCAAAGACUUCC